GUAUAAAUAUACAUACAUCAAAUAGUUAAUUCAAGAUGGUUUGCGUUGGUUGGUUUGGCUUUGCAAUAAAGGUUGCAUCAAUACUAUUGAUAUCGACAAGGUCGGUAGCCUCUUGGAUUUUGGACCUUAAUGAAUCAGAAUUUCCUGAGUUUGUUCAAGUAACUCAUGGGACAUUUAGUAAUGGUGGUAUAUACCGGAUGAUUCAAAGUCCAGCUAGGGAUGUGAUGUUCAUUAAAUCUCACCAGGUUUAUUUGACUGGAAUCAAUCGUUCACCAAAUAACGAUGCAAUGGUAUAUGUGGAGGAAUAUAAACGUGAUGAAAGGACGUUUGUUUCGGUUUUGUUUUACAAGUUCGCUAAUUUGCUUGUUGAACGAAGAUACUAUGAGCCACAAGGGUGCACUGUUGCAUUUGUUAGUCGUUUUCAAGUGCAAAGUUUUGUGAAUGGGCCGAUCAAUCUAUGUAUAGACCUUGAGAUUGGCAUGCAUCAUCCAGUCAUCGAACCAAUGAUUAAUGUAGAAGAUGGUCGACAAAUCAUUGCCGGGUACAUAGGAAACAAAGUGUUGGACUUUCCUCCAGGUUCAUUAGCUCGUGUUUGGUCUAAAGAUUCGUACUUUCGUUUCAUGCCGAUCAUAAACAUUGAUCCUCUAAGCAAAUCACUUCACAAUCCUCCAUCGGCCUUAAUAGGUUUUAUCAAUGGUUAUUACCAAGAUCCGGAUUCAAAAUACCUCGUUAUCAACAUAGAAGAGAUACGUGAUGUGGAGUAUCGAGUUUGGAUCCCUGGAAUUGACAAUGGCACUUUCAAACCACAGAACAUUUUGCAAAAUCCACCUAAGAUAAGCGUUCAUGAGCCAAAACCUGUUGAUGCCAGAGCGGUAGAAAUAAUAAUCGAUAUAUCGCGUACCUCUAAACAUGAACCUGAUGUUCUAGCCAUGAUUAACUUAAGUAGAGGUGUAUGGUUAUAUUCCCAAUAUACUAUUCUUCCCAUUCGUCAUGUAGAGGACAUGAAUAUCAUCGUAGAAAAUAGUGCCAUGAAAACGGAAAUAUAUCAGGUUGAAGAUGAUUAUUUUAUUACAUAUGUUGAAAUAUUCGAGCACAUGCUAUCUAAUAAUCGGUUCGUAGUGGUAAACAUGAGGAAGCUGGAGUCUCCAUUUAUGUCCGACACUAGAAAAGUAUUCAAAUACAACUGGGAUGUUAAUAAUCCAGCCUAUACAGAGAUCUUAGGACAAGAGCUAGAUGCUUGCAUUGCGAUCAUAACAAACAUAAAAUCCUUAGAACCUAUUUUCUAGAAUAUUUGGCAAAUCUUCUACAUAUAUAAAGUUGG